UCUAUUACAAAAUAGAUUAUGUAUCAUGUAUGUGGUAAGGCUUUAGCCUUCCCUCUUCAAUUCACGAACUCCUUGAACGUAAAAUUUUAACUCCAUAUUGUUCAGAUUUCUGGCUCCGCCGCACUGGACAUAAUGAAUUUGUGGUGUUUGACUUACCUUGCAGGUGCUAACGGGAGCUCUGAGCAGAGCAGAAGCGAGAAGCAGAGCCGCAAGGCGAUGCUGAAGCUCGGCAUGGAGCCUGUUACAGGUGUUUGCAGGGUCACCUUCAAGACAACCACGAACAUACUAUUUUUCAUCUCGAAGCCAGAUGUGUUCAAGAGCCCCAGCUCGGAUACAUAUGUCAUAUUCGGCGAGGCCAAGAUCGAAGACUUGAGCUACCAGCUGCAGAGAUUAUCCUACCCUGCUGCAGUUGCUACUGCGGUGGAUGAUGGCGAUGAUGCUGAAGAAGAUGAUGAUGACGAGGAUGAAGAUGAUGAAGAGGUCGACGAGAAUGGAAUCGAUCCUCGAGAUAUCGAUCUGGUCAUGACACAGGUGGGAGUUUCAAGGGCUAUGGCCUGCAAGGCUCUCAAGACCCACAGCGGCGACAUUUUCAAUGCCAUCAUGGAACUCACAUCACCACUUAGAGACUGCACUAUCCACUAUUCAGCAAGCAAGUGACUGCUGCUUUUUUUUUAUUUCUCCGGUUGUAGUUUAGAAUUGCUCCUGUCGAGUUUAUUGGUACGAAUUGGUUCUUGACAUUACGUGCUUUUGAAUCAUCUAUCUGCCACCAUGUUGCCUUGAUCAGCAUUCAUUUGAACUGCCCUCUUGUUCAGUUAAUUAUCGAAGGACUUGAACGAAUACUAGCUUCUGUAAUGCAUCUAGUCUAAACUGAAGAAUGAAUUAGUUCAAGGUUUAAACACCAUUGCACUAAACGCAAUCUCCCUGUGUAGGCAAGUUUGAUGAGGCUACUGAGGACACUGAAGUUCUGCCAUCUCUUUUUCCCCAUGGAAUGUCGUAGAGUCAAGCCCUCCACUUUGUUAUCAAUAUGUUCGCGAGCAAUCAUCGAUGGAACUGGCACCACGACAACUUGAACAUUGGAGUCAACAAUCAACUUACUAUAGUCCGAUAGUUACGAGCUCGAUAGAUGCUCCCCUUUGCAUAUGCCUUCCAGCCUGGACUUGGUAACAUCGAUCACCUCGAAGAUUCGGGUUGUUGGCACUUGGCAGGGGAGUCUCUCUUCAAUCGCAUCAAUGGAGGGAUAACCAUUAACCAGAGUAACAGAUCAUAAACCAGCCAUAACCAACUACACCAUGAAACCAUUCAUGCAUAAAUAAUGAAACAUCUUACACCAAUACUAUGAAACCUGAAAAAUCAAGAUAUUGUAAGUACGAUUGAAGACACAUAUAUAUGCCUAAAAUGGUUACACAGAAUAAAAUCAAUCUAUAUAGUAAUUAAUGUUAAUAAUACAUUGAAAUCCAUGGAAGACCGUUAUGUGUAUUAAUAUGUUAUGCAUUUUAUUUUUAAUUACUCGUAUGAUGAGUGCCAUUAAGUUAUCAAUUGAAACAAGCAUAGAAAUCCCCAAAGAUUCUUCCCCAAAAAAUUUGUUUAUCAUAAACACCAGAUACGUGAAUCUCAGACAAAGCAAGAAAGAGUUUGUUGGUUUGUUUGGCGAGUGACAUUACAUUGCAACUAGUGAAAAUGAAUGAACGAACCAACCCAAUAGACAAUGAAGAGCCAAAUAUUGGUUGAUUUGUUAAUCUAUUGAUUAACCUUCAUUACUGCUUCAAUGUUUGUGAGAGUGGCUAGAUGGGUGACCACAACCACGGGAAUCAAGUCGUAAGAUAGUAUGUACCUUGAACUCGGCAACUCUAGUUCCUUCUUCGAUUUGCACGAUCUUAAAUGCAUGUGAAGGAUGAUUAGCUGGAAAAUCCAAGUUCUUGAACCUCUGGUCCAUCAACCAACAACCAAACAUCUGAACUAUGUUUCCUCGCCUGAUAAUUCCUUCAAUUUGCAUGAUCUUAAAUGCAUGUGAAGGAUGAUUAGCUAGAUAAUCCAAAAUCUUGAACCUCUAGUACAUCAACCAACAACCAAACACCUGAAAUAUGUUUCCUCGCCUAAUAAUCAUCUCCAUUAACUAACAAUACUGACUUUUGGGGGUUACAAAUAUCAGCUACAAAACUACGUUACAAAAGCAUUAACUGGUAAACACCUUUUCAUUACAAUACUAACUAUGGUCGUUUUCAGUAUUUGGUAUAACCAUAUUGUUUCUUCCAAUACAACAGUAUGCUUGGUUGCCUUGGCAUUUAAUUAGAUUUGAGUUUCUCUGACUAAGCUAAUUGUUGCGUUGUGAAUUCAUCAAUAAACACAUUUGUUUUGGCAUUUUAUGUCUUAUGUUUGUGUAGACCCAUCAAAUUAACUUCUUAUAUAAUCAAACUAGCUAGCAUAUAUAUAUAUCUGACCUCACUAGACAUAAAACUUUGAAAGCGAC